CGAGCGCGUUUGUUUGUGACAUUAGUGUAGUGUGCUGUCACUGUCAUAUGGCAAGCCAAGGCAGUCGCGACUGGUUUAGAGCAGAGACAGUUGUUACAGAUUGCAACCGUUCACUCUCCACUCUUCCCAGCAGAGUCCUGGGCUUAAUCCAAAGCAGAUCGCAGCCUGUCACUAAGAUUUCUCCUCCAGCCUCUUGUCUGUUAAUGGAGUUCUGGCAGGGCAGCGGUGACUACUGCCACGCCCAACAUCACACAGCUUGAUCACGAGUGGAGACGCCCACGAUUUACCCCUGAAUGUCCGGAGGAACAGCUUCUCAGCUCUUCUCAGCUCUUAACUGGCAUCGCAGCAGCUGGUAAUUUGCUACCGGACACUGGUCCACCUGCCUAGUUGCCCGGCAGAGAAUCCCUACCAAAAGGAAAAGGAAGACUCUUGUGGCCUCUGAUUUCCCAGAAAGGCAGCUUUUACUUUUAUAUACUGAUUAAUAGUGGUUUAUCUAUCACUGAGGAUUCUGCUAAUUCUUGACACCUUCACUGUGAUAUACUGCACCUGUUGUAGUGUUGUAUUGUGAGUGGAGCUUUUGAGGAUCCUGGACUGAAUUUCUGUUGCGUAGAAGGACCUCCAGUAUGGCCUGGUUGAACGGUCUGUACCCCGUCGAGGUCUGCUACAACAGCAUGCGCUUCGUUAUUACGCACAACCCAACCAAUCAAACAUUAGACACCUUCAUUGAGGAUCUGAAAAGGUAUGACGCGAAAACAGUGGUGCGUGUGUGUGAAAGCACCUAUGAUAAAACACCGUUGGAGAAGCAUGGAAUUACGGUCAUGGAUUGGCCGUUUGAUGAUGGUGCACCUCCUCCUACAAAGAUCGUGGAUGACUGGAUCAGUCUGCUGAAGAAAAGUUUCUCAGAGGAUCCAGGCUGCUGUGUCGCUGUGCACUGUGUGGCUGGACUGGGCCGGGCUCCGGUGCUGGUGGCUGUGGCUCUUAUAGAGGGCGGCAUGAAAUAUGAAGAAGCCAUUCACCUCAUCAGAUUGAAGCGUCAUGGCGCCUUUAACAGCAAGCAACUGACUUAUCUGGAGAAGUAUCGGUCCAAAAAAAGACUGCGAUUUAAAGACCCGUUCAAACACAGAAGCAAGUGCUGGCUCAUGUGAUCCCAUACCACCAGCAGCCAUUGAAGGAACCAGUCACUCUCAGACUACAAUUACCAAUCUAGUGCUUUUGAACUCUUACUUCUUUUAAGGACAGGGCGAAUCAAGCCCCUUCUUGUGUACAUGACAGACCCCUGCACACAGGGUCUUUACCAGCUCAGGAUUGUGAAAGACGAGCCUCUUAGAGUUUUGUCUUUCCACACAAAUCCCUCAUACAAUGUCAAACACUCACACUGUACCAGCAGCACACAAUCCAAAGAUGAUCACAGCCACCUGCUCAUAGCACAAAAAUCAUUAUUAGAACUCUCAAACUGCUUUUCUAGCCUGCUCUCUCUCUCUCUUUUGUCAUUUUGAAGUUUCAGAAUGCAUGUCGCUCUACUUUUUUAAAGCACUCUCUUAUUUUUUUUUCUUUUUCUAAACCGUAUUGUGAAUCUACUCUGGGAUUGGAGUUUUGCACCACUAGCUGCUUAUCAAUUAAACUGUGUUUGCAUCUGGAUGGUGAACAGCACACUUUAACGUGGCUUCCAGAUCCUUGGAUGUUUAAGCUGCUUUAAGAAACCAUUGAAUCUCCUGCAGCAAUGAACUGAGAGAGAUCCAUGAAUGAGCGCACUUGUGGAUCAGUAGUUCUGUCUACUUUUUUAAAAUCCAGCAGCCACAAGAGGGAGUCCUCACACUACAUGCUACUAAACAAAUCUGUUGAUACUGCAUACACAUUUAAAUCUCAAAGAGUUUAUUUAUUAUUGCGUUGGCUCACACAUGGCUGUUUCUCACUGACAUGGUUGUACUGUGGACACUUUAGGAUUACAGAACUUUUCAGAUUUCAGAGUGAAGCUUGACAUGUUUCAUUGUUCAUAUAAUGGGAAAUUAAAUGGACUCAUGGGAUCUAAUAUAAUGGGCAGUCACACUUUAUUUUGAUGGUCCAUCUGUUGAGAUUAAAUUACAUUGCAUCUACAUCCCCACUAAUUCUCAUUAGAUUAUAAGUAGACCGUUAGGUUGGGGUUAGGGUUAGUGUAAGUUUCUUAUAGGCAGUUAAAUGUCUGUUGAAGGAGCUGUAUCAACAGAUAUUUAGCAGACAGUCUACUACUAAUACUCACAUGGACCAUCAAAAUAAAGUGUUACCUAAUUGUCUUAUAGAAAUCAGUGUAAUGAAUCUCUGUCAGGUACUGAAAUAAUCUCACUAGCAUUAGGGGUAGUUCACCCAAAAAAUACAAUUCUGUUAUCAUUUACUCACCUUCACUUGUUCUAUACCUGCUUGAGCUUCUUUUGUUUGUUAAACACAAAUUAAGCUAUUUUGAAGAAUGUUGUAGCAGGAAAAAUUAUACUAUGGAAGUCAAUGGCAACCCGUUUCCAACAUUCUUCUAAAUAUGCUUCUAUUGGGAUUUGGAGCCAUUUGAAGGUGAUUGAAUUGCCAUAUUUAAGUGAACUAUCCCAUUUAUCUGCUUUCGUUUGGGUAUGAAAUGCAUAGGAUACUGAAUUUGUUACAUUUUUCUAAAUUUGAAAGCAAAGAUGCGAGGCAAAUCUAUUUUUAAAAGUAUUUUUGUGUAAUUGCAUCUUGAGAAGGACAAGCGAAUACAACAUUUUGUUACAUUUGCUUACGUUUUUUUUUUUAGUAGUAUUCAUUUAGCCCCUCAGGUCUAUCAUAUGCAAUGGCACUAAAAUAGAUAUUUUUUAUGGAAAAGGAGAGCUUAAGACAGCUUAGAGCUGAUCUUGACUUGAGAUCAUGUGAUUGCAGUUCUGGUUAUGAUUCUCAGUAAUCCAUCCCAUAGUGGGUCGUAUUUAAAAGGGUGUGAAUAAAUCUGCUCGCGUAUAAAAGGGCUUCUCUAUUCCGUCAUGUCUGUGAUUCUCUCCACCACUUGAGUGUCUGCCUUUACAAAUCUAGAAUGUUUUGAAAUGUUGCCGGCUCAAUAAUUCAAAUAGUUCAAUAAUCUAAGGAAACAUUUUAAAAAGCAUAUUUAGAAAUCACUAGUGCCACUUUUUGUGAUGAAGGAUGGUUAAAGACUUAAAAAAAAAAAAAAACAUAAGCUGUUUCUCAGUUUUACCUCAUUCGUUCAUGGUCCUGAAGACUUUGAUGUAUGACUUUUUUCCUCUAUUUCCUAAGAGUACCUGAAUUUUUAAUAAAACCACAUAAUUUGAUGUUAUUACUAUUGACAUUGGGUGAUACGUUUGGGUGACAUUGGGUGAUGGAGUGUCUGUGCUUUAAAAUCACAGGCAAUCACAGGUCCACUGAGUUUUUGGUCAUAUCUACAGUGGCCUGUUUGAUAUCAAUGUAUUAUUAAUAUUACAAGUUUAAUAAAAAAAAAAAUUAAGAUUCACUAUUAUUCCCUGUUCAUAUUUACAGUGAUUGAUGUUAUUGUAUUAUUGACAAGUUUUAAUACCAAACAGAAGAGUUAGGAAUUGAUGUACAUAUGGCUUUUUUAUGAAAUUGGAACAUCUGAAAUCUGGAUUAAUUAAAAUGAAUAAAAACUGAUUGCUCAGUA